AUGAAUAAGUGGGUGAUUAGAGAGGAUAGGGAGUUUUUGUUUAUUGAGACUUGCAUCCCUGCAUUGGUUGGACCAGUGUACACCUUCAAACAAUCCACUAACGGACACUCGGACGGCGUUGCCGCUUCGAAGCUAACGCCGAAGGGGCGACGAUAUCGGUGCUCGGCUGCGAUGCAGUUGCUGCAGCCGGCGGAGCCGUUUCCUCUGCGGCGUCCAGUGCGGAGGGGAUUGGAGGGUCCGGCGGUGGGGGAUUGGUUUCGGGCACUUCCGCCAUUGUGGUCACAGUGGCAGUGGCGGAGUGAGCAGGAUAAGGGAGACGGGGAGUUUUCUGGUGCGGUAGGGUGCAAGGGUACAAUUACCUCUAAGAUUUUGCGCCGUUGGAUAGUUAUUAUGCGGUUUUUGUCUCCCUUUGACAUAUCAUCUAUUGUCCCUCUUGUUAUCCCUGCUCUUGUUCCACUUUCAUCUUUUUCUCAAAAUGACCUAGUGGUGCAUCAAGAUGAUCAUGCGGAGCUACCAACCAUAGAGGCCAUGCCAUACUCUUUCUCGGUGACAUCUUUAUUGGAUCUUUGCCUUCCUCUAACAUUGAUUGGCCAACUGCUCUCUGAAAAGAUUAAUGCCUCUUCUUCCGAGGAUGGGCUAAACUUUUAUGAUUCUGGUCAUCGCUUUGAGCAUUCAUAA